GCAGAAUUACAUCCAAUGUCAUCUGAAAUCAUCUAAAAACGUGGCGUUGCUUUUACGACUAGGUGCACAGUGGCUGUCCAACAUGAAUGGCCGCAUUUUCUUGGUAACGGGUGCUACAAAUGGCAUUGGACAGCACACUGCCCUGAAACUGGCCAAGACCGGCGCAACGGUUCUUGUUCACGGGAGAGCUCCGGCGAAGGUUGAUGCCACUGUCGCAGACAUCAAGAAGGUUACAGGCAAUGAAAACAUCAAAGGCUACAUUGCUGACCUGGCACACUUGGCAAGCAUCCGUCGACUCUCAGAUGAGCUUCAUGCUUCUUAUAAACACAUUGAUGUCCUAAUAAACAAUGCUGGUGUCUUUGAAGAGGUCAGGAAGGAAUCAAAUGAUGGAUACGAAAUGACUUUUGCAGUGAAUGUCUUGGCACCUUUCUUGUUGACAUCUCUCAUUCAAGAUCUGCUGAAGGCAGGUACAAAAAGCAGAAUCAUCAAUGUCAGUUCCAUCUCUCAGGCCACUUUUCUUGACCUUGAUAAUUUCCAAAUUAAAGACAAUUAUGGCGAUGGACACAAGGCAUAUGAACAGUCCAAAAUAUGUGAGAUAAUGUUCACCAUAGACAUGGCUGAACGUUUCCAUAAAGAUGGAAUUACAGUGAACUGUCUCGACCCAGGAACUGUUAAUACCCGAAUGUUGCUGAAAAGCUGGGGCCCAGUAGGAAUUCCUGUUGAGGAGGCAGAUAAUGAAUAUCAUCUUUCAACUGAUGCUAAAUAUGAAAAUGUCACUGGAGAGUACUUUGUGGGUAUGAGGAAAACUAGAGCAUCUACGGUCGCUUAUGACAAGAAGCUCAGAGAAAAACUUUGGAAUCAUCUCGUUGACAUAACUGGAGCCCAAUAUGACUAAAAUCAAUCAAUGAGACAAUAGAUAUGCUUUGUUGAUUAAUUCAUUUUUUUUUCUUAUUUUACAGUACAAGUAGUUUAACUCCAUUUCAAAUUUAGUUUCAUUUCUGUCUUCCAGAUAAAGUGAGGUGACAAAAUAUUUGAGUUAUUGAAGUCAGAAAUUUGUAAUGUGCUAUUUAAUCUUUUUUUUGUUGUUGAUAGUUUACACAUGCAAAAUUAUCUUUAUCUCAUUCCAAUUAUGUCUUGCAAAAUAUUGCUAUAAAAAGUACACUUAUUUACAUUAAAAAAAAGUAUAUUAUGUAAAAGAUUAUAAGUCAUUUCACUUGUGGACUUUGUAUGUACAUGUAUGUUUGCUGUUUUAACAGAAUUUUCUUCAGAGUUCUAGAUAUUAGUUUUUAUGUAUGUUCAUUCAUUUGCAACUAUUUCAGGUUGUUAAAUAUUUUGUUAAGUUACUUUAUAUUUGUUGUAUUAUAUACAAUGUCAUUGUAUUUCAUUUUAUUUUUUGUUGGAAAUGCAAUAAACACAAAUUUGAAAUUGAAUUUGAAUGACAAAAAAGUGGGAUAGUGCCAUCUGUGGGUUGGGGUGUUGCAUGGGGAGGGGGAUCUUCAUUUGUUUUACAAAUCAUGGUAUUUAUGACAGUUAUGAUUUACUAUUAUAGUUUAAAAAUACCAAUCUUCCUGUAGGAGUUUUAAAUGAAGAGAAAGUGUUGUUACAUAAGAUUAAUGUUUAGUUUAAGCAAAAAUAAAAUGCUUGGCAAGAUAACAUGUAUGACAUGUAUAUGAGCUGCAUUAGAUGAAAAUAUAGUACCAGGGAAGUGGGCACUAGCGUAUC